UGUAACUCGCCAUUGGUGGGGGGACACCGUAAAGAAAGUCACUGGUCUGGCUCCGCAGACGUCUCAUGGACUGGUACUGAAAGCUCACCCAAAGCAUUUUAACUGAAACUAAAUGAAAACCUCUGUUGAGAUUGAAGGGGCGAUAGCGAGAACAUCGGUAAUACAAAACGCACCGACAUUUUUGAAUAAUCUCCCGCGGCGGGUAUCCUUCCCUGCAGGCACACCGCUGGGCGAGAAAGUUACGUCCGCGCUCAAAACAGUCGAGGCGGCGCUGGAUCAGUAUUCCACGGAGGAAGUCUGCGUCGGCUUUAACGGCGGCAAGGACUGCACAGCGCUGUUGCAUCUCUACUACGCGGCGCUGAAGAGGCGCUACCCCGACAGUAAAGACAAGGUGAAAGCUCUUUACAUUCGCAUUGUCUCCCCAUUCUCCGAAAUGGAGCGGUUCCUUCAGGAUACUAUAAAAAGGUGAAGUCAUCAAUCUCCUCUCAAGUACUUCCAUACACUGCAUUCAAACUGACUACAGUGGUGAGGUCGACCGCAAUCCAUUCUGUGACUUGACUGAAAACAUUUCCUCCUUGAGGUCAGUUAUAUUUGGAAGGAUUGGUUCCAGAUGAAAAAAACCUUGAUUACGGCGUGUCCUCGGUUUAGGAUGGCGCAGAAAUACGACGUUUGAGGGGUUACGAAUGGCGUACUGAACUACUUUCCAGACUUGCGUGCAGUGAGGGUACUUUAUCAUGAGGCUCAAGAAAGCACACUUAUGCCGUAUUUGCUCUUUUUCAUUUGAUUU